GUGCAGUGGGUCGGCGGGCCAUGGAGGAGGCGGCGCGGCGGCAGCGGCGGCCGGGCCCGCGGGCGGGCGGCGGGGCGGCGGGGGCCUGGUGCUCCGCGCUGCUGCUGCUGCUGCUGCUGCCGGCGGCGGCGGCGGCGGAGGAGCCGCGGUCGUCGCGGCAGCGGGGGGACGAGCAGUGCCAUUACUACGCGGGGGGGCAGGUGUACCCCGGGGAGGCGGCUCGCCUGCCCGUCUCCGACCACUCGCUGCACCUCAGCCAGGCCAAGAUCUCCAAGCCAGCACCUUACUGGGAAGGAACAGCAGUCAUUAAUGGAGAGUUUAAAGAGCUGAAAUUAACAGAUUAUGAAGGAAAAUACCUUGUCUUCUUCUUCUAUCCUCUGGACUUUACAUUUGUAUGUCCAACUGAGAUAAUCGCCUUCAGUGACAGAAUUGAAGAAUUCAGAGCAAUAAAUACCGAAGUUGUAGCAUGUUCGGUGGACUCAAAGUUCACUCACUUAGCAUGGAUUAAUACUCCUCGAAAACAAGGAGGACUCGGACCUAUGAAGAUUCCACUUCUUUCAGAUUUGACGCACCAAAUUUCAAAGGAUUAUGGAGUAUAUCUAGAAGAUCAAGGGCAUACACUUAGAGGCCUUUUCAUUGUUGACGAUAAGAGAAUCCUUCGACAGAUCACGAUGAAUGACCUUCCUGUUGGGAGAUCAGUGGAUGAAACGCUUCGUUUAGUACAAGCAUUCCAAUACACAGACAAGCAUGGAGAAGUUUGCCCUGCUGGUUGGAAACCUGGCAGCGAAACAAUCAAACCAGAGGAAGCCAUGAGAGUGUGGUGGCCAAGGGAAGAACUAUAAUUCCAGAUCCAGCUGGAAAACUGAAGUAUUUUGAUAAACUGAACUGAGACUCACUUCUGUUGAAUUACAUAGGUCACAUUCACCUUGAUUUUUGCCAAUAAAAUUUCAUUAAUUUUGUUA